CGGCUGUCAACGCCUGUAUCGGUGGCGCUGCGAAGCGCCCUCGCUCGACACCUGCCAAUCCAUUCAUCCAUCACGCUGCUGCUGGUUACGUUAUUACGGCGCGGGGUGGCACGGCAUCCAUCUCCUCUCGACCAUGUGCACACCUUGCGUUACAUACACGACCCGCCCCUUUCGCUCGUUUCAGUUGCCUCAAUACCAGCCGCCCCUCCUCUCCUCUCCCGCACCACCAACCGGGUUGCUGACGCCGUUAUCACUGCGUGGGGAACAAACACAUUCCCAGUCUCUGCUUAAAGAGGCCCGCCGCCGCACUCAUGUCUUGGAACUCUGGAUGCUAAAUGAAUCGUCCCACCCUAUCCUGAUUCACUGUGCUGAUGAUACCCAACCUCCGUUGCACCACCAAUCACGUCUUUUUCCCUCACCCACUUCCCCAACCGUUCUAGCCCAUGCCCUCCGUCAAAGAUGCUGCAUGUCUUGGUCUUCUUGGUGUCUUGGUGUCUUGGGAUCCUCCCAGUCCCGCCAAACCACAAUCAGCACUGCAUUCCUACUACCAGGAAUCCGGCCGCCUGGCCACCGUAUAGACGCGCAGCUGCACUCCAGGGUCCACCGAUUUCCGUUAUCACACCGUGUCAAAUUGGAAUUGCAAACGCUCGCUUGUCGCCCUCUAGCGUUGCUCCACUGAUAACCAGCUGUCUGAGCGUCGCAUCUUGGGGUGCCUCGAUCCGCGUCAAGGGCCCACACCGUCCACUUUUCUCCAGCAUCCGUCAACCUCAUAUCUCGUCAUGCUCUCCCGCCAGUGACGCUGCUCACACAGCAUUCGCCAGUCAAUGUUGGGAAUGCAGGCUAUCAGAGCAGCUCAAGCUUUUAGCACG